GGGAAUACACCUGGUGCCUUCCUCACUUACUGAAAGGGAGAGGUUUUCUUGGGCUGAAUCUCAGCCCUGGCUAGAGAGAGUGAUGAAUGGUGGUUCUGGUGGGGCGGGGGAGAUCCCAAGCUUUGGUUUCUUCGUCAUUGUGAGGGCUCUGCUGCCUUAACACUGAUUCCUUGGGUGCCAGAGAGCUACACCCAUAAUCUUUGUCUCGGAAGACUGACCAUCAACUCUCCUAAGGAGGUUGUCUGAUGGAUUGAUUCAGAAAGGAAGAAGGCUGGUUAUUAAUAGAAGGGGAAAGAGGGAGAUGCCUCACCACUAUCCUCAGGAUUUCAAAUAUUGAGAAGAAAGAACAUCAGGAGCUAAAUGUUCUAUUUAAACCAGUAGUUGCUGCUCAGAAAAUACAUUAAUAUGCAGACCCUAAGUCAGUGGUUUAUAUGUUCUUCAUGCAAGAGCAAUGCACUAAAGGAGAGAAGUAAGCUGUGUUGAUCAGUGACUUUGGUGAAGACAGAAAGUUGAAACCGAUUUGCAGAUGAUAUACAACUUCUAAGCAUUCUGUAUUGGAAGAAGAGAUUUCUAUAGAUGAAAAAGAUGCCUUUGUUUAGUAAAUCACACAAAAGUCCAGCAGAAAUCGUGAAAACUCUGAAAGACAAUUUGGCCAUUUUGGAAAAGCAAGACAAAAAAACAGACAAGGCUUCUGAGGAAGUGUCGAAAUCACUGCAAGCAAUGAAAGAAAUUCUGUGUGGUACAAAUGACAAGGAGCCUCCCACAGAAGCCGUGGCUCAGCUCGCACAAGAGCUCUAUAACAGUGGCCUGCUGGUGACAUUGAUUGCUGACCUACAGCUAAUAGACUUUGAGGGAAAAAAAGAUGUGACCCAGAUAUUUAACAACAUCCUGAGAAGACAGAUAGGCACUCGGAGUCCUACUGUGGAGUACAUUAGUGCUCAUCCUCAUAUCCUGUUUAUGCUCCUCAAAGGAUAUGAAGCCCCACAGAUCGCCUUACGUUGCGGGAUUAUGCUGAGAGAAUGUAUCCGACAUGAACCACUUGCCAAAAUCAUCCUCUUUUCUAAUCAGUUCCGAGAUUUCUUUAAGUAUGUGGAGUUGUCAACAUUUGAUAUUGCUUCAGAUGCCUUUGCUACUUUUAAGGAUUUACUAACGAGACAUAAAGUGUUGGUUGCAGACUUCUUAGAACAAAAUUAUGACACUAUUUUUGAAGACUAUGAGAAAUUGCUUCAGUCUGAGAAUUAUGUGACUAAGAGACAAUCUUUAAAGCUGCUAGGUGAACUGAUCCUGGACCGACACAACUUUGCCAUUAUGACAAAGUACAUCAGCAAGCCGGAGAACCUCAAACUGAUGAUGAACCUCCUUCGAGAUAAAAGUCCCAACAUUCAGUUUGAAGCCUUCCAUGUCUUUAAGGUGUUCGUGGCCAGUCCUCACAAAACACAGCCUAUCGUGGAGAUUCUAUUAAAAAAUCAACCCAAACUCAUUGAGUUUCUGAGCAGCUUCCAAAAGGAAAGGACGGACGAUGAGCAGUUCACCGAUGAGAAGAACUACCUGAUUAAACAGAUCCGGGACUUGAAGAAAACCACCCCUUGAGGGGUUCACCCACCCUCCUGCCACAGUCACCGUGUCAUUUGUUUGUACAGAAAAUGUCGUUUGAAAAAGUCAUUGUUCUUGGGAAGGUUUUGGAGGUGCCUGUUUUUUCUCAAUUCAUUGUUCAGGGUAGAUGGAAUAUAAACAUUUGAAUGAAAAAAUGAUUAACCUAGAAUAAUGUAUUCAUUUGAAUCAAGUCUGGGAUGAUUUAUGUCAAAUCAGAGCCAUUGUAUUAGAUGUUGAUAAACACAGUUUUAACCCUUUGUUGGCAAAAGGCAGCAGGGUCAUGGGCUUGCAGAUCUGAGCCCUGGGUCAGCACAGGCCACCGAGUAGAAGCCCAAAGCACAGGCAUCACUGAGCCCUCAAAAUUAAGUUCUCAGAGGAGAACUGGCCAUGGGGGUGAGAGGCGCAAAACCAUCCCGCCUAUCUGCACUUGGACACUCAGUUUUGCCAAGGCGCUGAGAGAGCUGGUGAAGUAAGGUCCACGUUUUCAGUCGUCCUUGUUCCCUGCCUGUGUGCUCGGACUGUAGCUAACUUGCUAGGGAAGCACAGCCCGCCCUUCCCUCACUGUCCGAGCCCUGUCGCAGUGGCUCUCCUCAGCACCCGACUUCCUGGGGCACCCCCUGCAACCUCCAGCCUGGUUAGCGGCUAGUGGGGGACCCGCCUAGCAAAGGGAGGAUGCAUCAGCAGGAGUCACAGGGACUUGGGGACCCGUGGGUAGGACCUGCUCACAGAUGGUGAGGCCGGGGGCACUGCUGUUUCACACAGGCUCCUGGAGGGUUAGGGAAUGUUUGGAAUAAUUCGACUGUUCCUCAUUGUCAUUAUGGGAAAAUUUUUUUGUGGUGAAAGUUGUUUUAGAGUAGGAAUCACGCACUGGGAUGCCUGGCAUGUACAAAACUGUGGGUCUAGAGGGUGAGACCCGCUUCUAUAAAGAAGGGAACUUGCCAUUGGAAGGGCAAAUGAGUAAAUGUGUGCAAAAAACUCUUAAAUGACCACAAGUUAUCUUUUUUUAUCUUUAUAAUUAUUUUCUAAUUAGCUGCCACUCUGAUUUCCCAUCAAAGCUUUCGGCAACAAGGUAGAAACCCUACAAAAUUUUGGUCUCAAAUAUUCUCUUGCAUACCCGUAUGAUUAAGGGACUUAAUUUGUGUUCUUU